UUUUGGCGAAGUUUGGGAAUUUUCACUGUUUGUGAUAGCGUUAAGGAAAUCACACCAUCCAUUUUUGCUACGAUCUGGGUUCUUUCACUUCCAACGUAUUGUUAGAAGGAAUUUAAACAUCUUCUGCGAUCGGCGAACACCUACGAAGGGAAAAUGCUCGUCGAUUUGAACGCCCUGCGUCACAAACGGUUCACACUUGUAGAUUUGACGCUCUAGCUAUUGGCUACCAGCUGGUGCUAAAGAACUUUAAUCAUAGCGGCUAUGCAGUCCUUACAGACCAUGGCAAAGGCUCCGACACAACCUGCCAACCUUCCUCCUCUCCAAGAUCUUCCUUCGUGGUCUAGAAACACUUUGGGAAGGAGAAAACAGCCGCGUCCAAUAAUUCGUGACCGCUUACAACCUAUAAAAUCGAUUAGAGAGGAAAUGGACGAAGGCGCGGACGAGAAAUCGAAUGAGAAGUCAAAUUUCUCGGGAAGGAUUGUUUCUGCCCCAUCUAGAGGACAUUUACUUGAUCAGAGUCAUAGGAUUGAUAACGUAGAGAAAAGAAUAGACUAUCUACGUACUCAACAUGCAGAAACAUUGUCCAAUUUGCAUAGCGAAAUAGAACGAUUAAAAGCUGAAAACAAAGAACUGAAUUUCAAACUGGUCAUGGCACGAACAGGAGUUAAUCUUCCAAAAGAUGAUGGAACAUCUCCUAGUCCAGAAGAAAGUAAAUUGUUACAAUCUUCUAGCCCAGAUGAGACAGUUAAAGAUGAUACCUUAGAUGGACAUCAAAAUAGUGAGGAGGCAAAGAAAGAGGGGACAGAACCUACCCAGUGGCCAGUUAAAGAAUCUAGUAAAAGCACUGCUCAAGCUUCAAGCUCAAGUGAAAAGAGAAACAAAAGAUAUGGAUCCGGGAAAACAGGGGCAACCUCAAAACCCACACCUACCCCACCCUUGUCAGCAAAAGGACCAAUCACAAAGCCCAAGAGCUCAGGCAAAAAACACAAGAUAAAAUCUCACAAUAAGCAAGAGAAAGCAACAAAUUUGAGCUCACCAUAUGCUUUCUCAUUAUCUGCAACACCACCGGCUCCAACAGCAAUAAACCAAGGCAUUCCCUUGGGACAAUCACUUCUGGUCGUGACAAUCAAGGACAAGACUGUUAAGGUUCAUAUGCCGUCAGACAGUGCACCAAGGUCACCUACCUUGGUAGAAUGUAAAGCAAUUAUCAAGCAUCAACAGGAAACAAACAAAAGACAGGAACAGGAGCUUUCAAAACUCAAGUCAGACUUGAAUGAUGCCUUGUACUCUGACAAGUGGACACCUGAUGCAUAUCUCGUAGCCAAGUCCUAUGCGACAGAUGACGUGCCGACUAAUACAAGACAUAAUACACCAGCAAGCAGAUCUCUUCCACGAUUAAAUUCAAGAGAACAGACACAUUCGGGAAGGUUAGCGGCAGGGAGAAUGCACGUUGUUCAUGACAGCGUAUCUCUACCAGUUUUGCGCCCAAAUGGUGGUGCUAAUGUUGCCGAUAGAAAACGUCGACAGCAAGCACUAGUUAGAGGAAGAGGAAAAAAAGACUUCUAUUAAUCUGAGUGACAAAUUCAAUCUCUAAUUAUUCUGUUGUCGAGAUAAAACACAUUUUUAUUGUAGUACUAGAAUUCGAUAGAGUAAAUACCCACAUAUUGUAUAGUCGUUUUUCAUGUUCAGAAUUGUAUAUAACUUUUGGUCUAUGUUAGCUUAAUUCUUUAACGUUUUCCAUUUUCCCUCUCGUUCUAUCUUAGUAAUAAACACAGACAACAGCCAGUGAUAUGGGAUGGAGGAAUUAUUUAAUAAAAUUAUUUAAAGCAAAGAGA